AUGGCCGAGCUCGUAGCAGCAGACGAGCCGUCAAUGGACCUCCCCGUCAUCGAUUUAGACAUCUACCGAAGUAAUCCGGCAACCAGCCCUGAGGUGCAAGAAGAAUGUCUACGGGCGGCCAAGGCACUAACAACAUACGGCGCGUUAGUGCUGCACGACUCACGGGUGUCCGAAUCUGACAACGAGGCAUUCCUAGACCUGCUGGAGGACUAUUUUGCGCAACCAGCCACGCUUCUGCAGCGGGACGAGCGGCCGGAGCUAGGCUAUCAAGUUGGCGUUACACUCGAAAACACCGAGAAGCCAAAGUGUGCUGUAGACGAACCAUGUCUACGUGUUAUUGAGCGCCUCGCUCCGGAAGAGAGACCGCUUGACAUUAGUGGUCACCAACCCGAUCCUAAAUGUCGCUUUUUCUGGCGUAUGGGCGAGCCAGCGCCUUAUAAGACGCAAUUCCCGGGCCUGAACGCCGAUAAUGUGAUUCCGGAUGCCCCUGAAAUCAAGGAACGAUGGACGCCCAUUAUGGAGACAUGGGGCAAGAGUAUGAAGAGCGCAGUUUCGGGGCUUGCUGAGAUGGCUGCCGUUGGGAUGGGACUCCCCGCCAAAACUUUUAUCGACGCGGGACGAUAUGGCCCGCAUCUUCUGGCCCCGACAGCAUCGGAUCUUGAGAAGUAUGGCCAGAAGGAUACCAUCUUGGCCGGUUUUCAUACGGACCUGAAUUUCUUGACGAUUCACGGACGCUCUCGAUAUCCGGGGCUUCACAUCUGGGCUCGAAAUACAGGCCGUCGCAUCGCUGUUAGCAUUCCACGUCCCUCCGCUACCUCAUCGGGAAGUUACCUCCUUGUGCAGGCUGGGAAGCAGCUGGAGCACCUGACAGGUGGGUUGGUGAAGGCCGGAUAUCACGAAGUAGUAGUCAACUCGUCUACACUCGACACGAUUGCCACGCGGCGGCGAGAGCAUCCUGACCGACCCCUUGUGCGCAUCAGCAGCACCCUUUUCUGGCAUUUGAGUAGCGAUUAUGACCUAGCGCCUAUUCCUGCACUGGCCGCACGGGCUAAGGAUGUGCGCGCCGCUAAUUUCGAUCUUGGCCGCGACGAGGGCGAUGAAGUUGAGUAUGAACCUAUGAAAGUUGGACAACAGGUUCAGAAUGAAUUGAAAUACAUCGCGCUCCUAGCGUAG